AAUAUGAACAAGAAUAGUAGUGAACUUUUGGUGUUAAUCAAAUGUGGUCUUCACUUGUCAUUUACAUUGGAUGUCACUUAUAAAUACAAGUGACAACCAUCAAAACGUAACAAUCGAAAUGACAUGAAAAGAAAGAUAAUCAGAAGGAGGAAGCCACAUAAAAAAUCGAGUUGUCCAAAAACAAAGCCAUUUCAAAUGCAUGCAAUAAGAAGUCUUCAAACACCUGCUUAUCCAUUUCCUAUAUAUAUCAUCAUCAAAACAACUUUCAUUCAAAUAAAAAAAAAACCCACAACCCGAAAUUCAAUGGCGGAAUCACGUAACCCUCAGUACUCCAAAUCCCAACAGUUCUCCUCCGGUAACCCUCAAUACUCCAAAUUCCAACAGUUCUCCUCCGAUCAACUCCCCCGCUCUCACAAAGUCGUCAAGGCCGCCACUGCAGUCACUACCGGCACAUCGUUCCUCGUCCUCUCCGCCCUAAUAAUGGCCGGUACAGUAAUUGGUCUGGCCGUUGUUACCCCAUUGUUUGUCAUAUUCAGCCCGGUUCUUGUGCCUGCACUGAUAACGGCCACGCUUUUGAUCUUGGGGUUCUUGGCCUCUGGUGGAUUUGGAGCUGCGGCUAUCGUUGUGUUGUUGUGGUUUUUCAGGUAUAUGGGUAAUAAUGGGAGAAAUCGUAGUGGAGAUUGGCCGGAAAAAAGUCGGUUCAAGUUCAACGGCAAGGGGAGAGUGGAAGGCUAAAUUUGGAGAUGAAUGAAGUGAACGGAUGGAUGAGGUAAGUGCAUUUUGCAGAAAGGCAAUGGCUGUUGAAUGAAUUUGUAGUACCUUAAGACUGCCUUCAAUGUUUCUUUGAUCAAUAAAAUGUAGGUUAAUGUUCUUUCAUUGGUAGGCUUAGUCCGUUCAUUUGUCUCUUUCAAACCAAAUUUUGAGUCACUAUUACUUUAAGUUAAUGUUCUUUCGCUGUGUUGUUGUGGUUAAUGUUCUUUCGUUGUGUUGUUGUGGUUUGUCAAAUGUUCUUAACCCACAUGAAUUUUGGUACCUUAUCUAAAUAGAUUCUAAGCUAUUAGUAUGCUUUAGAUCCUAGAGUUUAAAUUCUGAACUAAUAUACA